GGCUGCUCGGCGCAGGCGCGGCCCUACUUCCGGGGGCGUCCUGGCUUCUUCAAUGGUUACCAAGGGAACCGGAGACCUCGGGGACUCAGUUCCCUGGCCGCGCUUGGACUAUUGAGGGGCACUAACUGACGGCCGCCGGAGGAGGACGGAUGGCCGCAGGGAUCUCGGGACCUGGGGGCUGCAUCCUGGACAGCGAGAGCCCCAUAGGUGAGCCCGCCGCCCCGCUGACAGAGCCGGGCACCAGCACCACUGCGGGCGUGACUCACAGACACCACCACCCGACGGAGCCAAGGGGUCACCAAGGCAACCUGCAGGCGAAUGGGCCCGCGGUCCUCUCGGUCCUCUCGCGAGAGGGCCGGCCACCGGAAGUGAAGAGCGACCCAGUGAAGAGCGACCCGGAAGUUCCCACCUGGCACAGCCAGUCGGCUGUUCGACCCGCCUCCGAGAGAUCUAGUCCCACCACCUCUGCGAGGGUUCCAGCUGCCGGACUGGCCAUGGACGAUACACUGUUCCAGUUGAAGUUCACAGCGAAGCAGCUGGAAAAGCUGGCCAAGAAGGCAGAGAAAGACUCAAAGACAGAGCAGGCCAAGGUGAAGAAGGCCCUGCAGCAGAAGAACGUGGAGUGUGCCCGUGUGUACGCCGAGAAUGCCAUUCGCAAGAAGAACGAAGGCGUGAACUGGCUGCGCAUGGCAUCCCGUGUGGAUGCCGUGGCCUCCAAGGUGCAGACGGCUGUGACCAUGAAAGGGGUGACCAAGAACAUGGCACAGGUGACCAAAGCCCUGGACCGAGCGCUCAGCAGCAUGGACUUGCAGAAGGUGUCCGCAGUGAUGGACAGGUUCGAGCAGCAGGUGCAGAACCUGGAUGUGCAUACCUCGGUGAUGGAGGACUCCAUGAGCUCGGCCACCACGCUGACCACACCGCAGGAGCAGGUGGACAGCCUCAUCGUGCAGAUUGCAGAGGAGAAUGGUCUGGAGGUCCUGGACCAGCUCAGCCAGCUGCCUGAGGGCGCCGCGGCUGUGGGCGAGGGCUCCGUGCGCAGCCAGGAGGACCAGCUGUCACGCAGGUUGGCUGCCCUGAGGAAUUAGGAGCCCGCAGGGCGCUGUCUGGGCAGUGUCUCCCUGCGUCCUGCCUCCGCUUUGGGGCUGCCCCUGCAGCAGCACCAGCCCUCACUGCUCUCAGCAUCUCUUGCCUGCCUGACCUAGGACCUCUUGUCCCCUUAGGCAGGUGGCGGGUGAGUUUGCACAAACUUCUGACUUGUGGGUGAUUUCUGUGACUCUUGGCCAAGCAGCUGGUGAGUCGGCAGGCUCCCUCCUGUGCCCGAUUCUGCGAGGAUGUCAAGUGAUGGCGCCUGUGCUGCUGGCUGUCUGCCAGUGGGGUACAGGGUCCCCUGUUGCCAGGCGGCACCUGGAGCCCUCUCAGCAGCGGGCAGGAGCUCCCCUACCCCUGGACAGACAGGGCCCAGGCCCCAGGAGACGUGGAGGGUGCCCUCGGGCCAUUCAGCAAACACACCCCGGGCUGCCUUUGCAGAAGUCCCGGAGGUGGGGUCCCAUCCUCCAGCCUGGGUCAGUGCUCCUGCCAGCUGGCCAAGCCCCUGAGGUACCUGGUCCCAGGGGCAGGGGUGCUCACUCCAGGGGCCAUUCUCAUCCCCUCGGCUGCCUCUGGUGGGCCCUUGGGUAUGCACUGACCCCUUGGAGCCCAGGCCCCUCCUGGCCUAGGAGCAGUCACACCUGGUCACAGCUCCUGGCCGCGAACUGCAGUGCCUCCCCCCACCCGACAGCCCCUCCUGCCUUGCGCUCACACCUUUGACCUCGGAAGCCAGAGUGGCUAUUGGGAGCCCGGAGAACCGAGUUGGCUGUGGCCACGCGUGCAGGACAGAGCAGCAGGCUUGCCCUGAUGACCUGCUGGGUGGCACCCUCUGUCCUUCACAUUCCUGAUGUUUACGUCGUUUUCUUGGAGCUGUUUGGAUUUGUUUUGAGGUUUUCUUGUAGUUUUGGGGGUUUCUUUUUUUUUUGCCAAAAUAGGAGUGGGCAGAAAAUUGGGAACAUGGGGCCCACCCACACCCUCGGUGCAAGCUGCUGGGGGCUGCAUGGUGGGUGCUGACUGGUCGGUGCGGCCCAGCCUGCCUUUCCCGAGGGCAGGCUGCCCAGUCUGUCCUCGCACUGGGGGCUCUGGUGGACAGACCCGCUGGAGACAUUUAUCUGGACUUACACAUUUGUUUCUUCCUGGACUGGGAGCCCCUGGGUGGUAUGGGGGCAGGCUUGGUGGGCGGGGGGGGGGGGUGGCUCUGUCUGGCUGUUCUUCUGACAUAUGGACCUUGCCUCACUCCCCAACCAUGGCUCCUCGGUGUCAGAGAAGGUCCUGGGAGUCCUGGGCCCGGUGGGGGGAGGGGCUGCGGUUCAUGUGAGGACCGUGGGUAUCUGUGCCCUGCUCCAGAAACGCUGCUGCAAGUAAACAAGGUGAUCACU